UUCAGAGGAUUUCAUUGGUUAUGUUGACUGAGAGUUUAAAUAGAGCCAGCCUCUUGCACGCCUAGUUUUCUCAGCCUCCCACACAAACUUACCUGCACUAACUAGAAAGUCCAGUUUCUCAAGCAAGUCCUAGAAACACCAGAGAGUCCUGGAGGCACCAUGGACCUCGACAGUAAACGACUGGUGGUGGUGGUACCAAAUGAAGUGCAGGUGCCCUCUCGUCGAGUGGUCAGCAGCGAGGAUGAUGCAUGGAGGAGCUACCUGGAGAACCCGCUGACCGCUGCCACUAAGGCCAUGAUGAGCAUCAAUGGCGAUGAAGACAGUGCAGCAGCGCUGGGACUGCUGUACGACUACUACAAGGUUCCCAGAGAGAGGAGACGGGCCUCCAGUGAUGUUAAACCCACAGACCCCUCUGCUAUGGGGCCCGAUACCUGCGGGAGCUUGGAGAUACUAGAUCAUCAUCUCCACGCUCUCAGGUCCAUGCCUGUCAACCUUUCACUUAACAACAACACCACUACAGAACAUCAGGGCUCCAAGUAUGGAGCUAUCUGCCUCACGGGAGGCGGUAAAGGUGGAGGUGGGGCAGCUCCGGCUGUGGUUAAGACAGAGGGCCAGAUGUCCAUGGGAGUGUCCUGCUCUGGGGGAUCCUACCAUGCAGAACCCGGAGAUCACAUACGGAUGGCUUACGAGCAGAGCCAAUACGAUGUGUCACAUGCUGGCUACUUCAAAGAUAAACAGAGAAGCACUCCAGACAGCACAUAUGAGGACGCUAUCGAAGGAGAGAUGUAUCACAAAAGUCCCUCCUCAGGAGUUGAUGAAUUCCACUGCAGCCUACCAAUGAUCAGCUUCCAGUACAGUCUGGAGGCCAGCAUGUCUCUGCGGCCGCGGCAGGUAGAAGGACCAAUGGCUUACCUGAACCGGGGCCAGUUCUACGCUUUGACACUGUCGAAGGCUGGCUUCAGAUCGUCCGUACAUCAGCCCAGAGGCAAAGUGCGGGUGAGUGGACCGACGCCGUCACACGGGCCUGAUGGGGGCCCAUCCAGUAAUGAGCAAUGCACCAUGGGAGGCUCUGAGCUGCAGCGGGACAGUAUUGUACAGAGUGUUAUCAUGGUUGUCUUUGGGGAAGACAAGUGCAGAGACGAGCAGCUGAAGAAUUGGAAAUACUGGCACUCCCGCCAGCACACUGCCAAACAGAGAGUCCUGGACAUUGCCGACUUCAAGGAGAGCUUCAGCACGAUUGGGAACGUGGAAGAAAUUGCCUACAACGCUGUCUCUUUCACAUGGGAUGUCAGUGAAGAAGCUAAGGUCUUUAUCUCCGUGAACUGUCUGAGCACAGACUUCUCCUCGCAGAAGGGCGUGAAGGGGAUGCCUCUGAUAAUCCAGAUCGACACCUACAGUUACAACAGCUGCAGUAGCCAGCCAAUUCACAGGGCCUUCUCUCAGAUCAAGGUCUUCUGCGAUAAGGGCGCUGAGAGGAAGCUUCGUGAUGAGGAGAAGAAGCAGCUCAGGAAGAGGACGAAAGGGAAACAUUGCAGUUUGGGGCAGACGCCUCCCAUCAAGAGGGCUGAUAACACGCUGUUCAAAACAAUGAUAGACCUGGACGCCCAGCCUGUGCUCUUCAUUCCUGACGUCCACUUUGGAAACCUGCAGAGAGCCGGGCAGGUGUUUGCUUUCAACACUGAAGAGGUGGACAGAGAUGGAAGUGUUCUGGUGAAAAGGAUGUCACAUGUUGCUGAGGAAGAUGUCUAUCCACCUCAGUCCAAAAAGUCCAAAGUGGAACUGGAAAGGAAAGUCCUGCUGUAUGUGAGGAAGGAGUGUGAUGAAGUGUUUGACGCCUUAAUGCUGUACACCCCAACCCUAAAAGCAUUGAUGGAGGCAAUCUCAGAGAAAUAUGCAGUGCCUGUUGACAAGAUGGCCAAAGUUUACCAAAAAAGCAAGAAAGGGGUCCUGGUGAACAUGGACGACAACAUCAUCCAGCACUACUCCAACGAGGACACCUUCAUCCUGACUAUCGAGAGCUGUGCACAAUCCUUACGUGUCACUCUGUCAGAAAUCUGACGGUUGCUAGCCACAGCACUUUGUCAACCACAGUCACCAUAUUGACGCUUUUGCCAUGCCAUGGGUAGCAAUUAUGAACAUUUACUGGCAGUAUUAGAUGGUGGCGGCACCAAAAUGGGUUCCUUGAGGCCUACGUGUGGCCUAAAUACAGUAGGCGUCUCAGUUCGUUGUCCUACAUGGAUCAUUGGCUAAACUCCAUCCCCCAGGCAACGUAUAUAUCCACCUCACCUGCUGCAGAACCUGUUUACUACACAUCCUGCUGUGGGAGGAUUUCUUGCUUUAGGAACACAGGCUUCAAAUUGAAAAUGUAUGAAAGGGUCCAGAUUAAGAAAUUCAAUAAUAAUGAACUUCUUAAUACUUGGUGUGCCAGAAAAGAGGUCUUUAUCCAAGUUACCACAAAGCAUCAAGCCAGCUUGCUGUGCCUUCACAGGAAGAACACAGCAGUAGUAAUUGUAUGGGAUUGACAGCAGGGACUGCUGUUAGAUUCUUCCUGGUCACCUAACACUUUAAGAUUACUUGAUCAGAUGUGUGGAUGGCUCUCACUUCCAAUUAAGUCAUGCAACAUCUUUUGCUGGCACUCAUUGGCCUAUUGUUUUGUAUAUACUUAUUUUUGGAUGCAUCUCAAAAUAGUUCAUAUGUCACGAAUUCUCUAAUCUUUCUUAGUUGUCCUUCUUUUUUUGAUUUGUCGUAUUUGUUUUCUUUUUUACUGCAUACUAAAUGUUUCCAAUCGGUACCAGUGGAAUCAGUUAUCACAGCUUUUGAUUACACGCUGGUGUCUCACAGGCUAUAAUUGCAUGUUCCAUUAUGGAACAAGAAAGUAAGUCUCCAGGAUGCUGUUAAACUGUUUUACUUCCUCUGUGCAUGUGUUUAUUGCUUUCCCUCUCGCUGCAGAGACUGGAGUCAUUAGUAUUUAGGGCAUUAGUCUGAGGCUACUGCAAACCAUCGGAGCUUAACAGUCUAAUCGCUCAUUGCCUGUGUUUACGCCCGAUUCCCUAAGAGCUACAGGAGCCUUCAUUCGCCUCAUGCUUUAUAAUGUACAGUCUUUUUUUAAAUGAGUCAAUAAAUAUAGUUUUAUAUGCAGUCACGUGUGCCACAUUUUAUUUUACCACAUUCUAUUGAGGCACCCUUUAUCCAGAUCAUUCAAAUUAACUGUUUUAAAUAUCAACAUGACAAAUGAAAAUAAUUCUAAAUCUCAGUAAGCUUUAUAUGUAAAUGCUUUAUUUGUAGGUUACGCUUGUUGCAUUUUGGAAACAGUAUCAGUAACAUGUACUUUUUGCACAUAAUGGUACAAACAUUUUAUACAUGUGUACUUGAACUAGUUACUAUAGCCUAUAUACUUGAACCC